CAGCAACCAAGAUAACUAGCUCUAGCUACGUACUCCAUAGCGAUCGGGGCAAUUGAGGCCGCUCAGACUUGCUGCCUGCAUUGCUGCGACCGCACGUCACGUCGCUAGUGCUUCACCAUCCCCUCUCGAGGAUACUUACCUUACUCCGUACUCCUGGGCGGCUGCGAAUCACGUCUGUAAUUUAUUACCGGCACGCUCUGUUCUUGACGGUCAACACCCUCAACCCCGUUCACAAACGCAAUGACUCGUCACACGCCCGACUUCCUUCGGGUCCGCGCCUCGAACCUCUCCCUCCGCUCCUUAGCCAUGGAACAGUCAUUGUUGGCAUCUCGCCCGGGUGGCACCCCCGAGGCGCCAGACCACAGGGUGGACGCAAAGGACAUGAAGCCUGAGGCCUUCACCAAGCCCUAUUGCGACUUCAUGACCGAGAACCCGACCGUCUUCCACGCCGUUGGCUACUUCAAGGAGAAGCUGCUGAAGGCUGGCUAUACCGAGUUGUCCAGCCGAGACAGCUGGGCUGGCAAGCUUGAGCCCGGCGGCAAGUAUUUCGUCACUCGCAACGGCAGCUCCAUUAUCGCAUUUGCUGUUGGUGCCGCCUACAAGCCCGGCAACGGCGUCGCCAUGAUCGCGGGCCACAUCGAUGCGCUUACUGCUCGCCUGAAGCCGGUGAGCGCGAAGCCGAACACCCAUGGCUACAUCCAGCUCGGUGUUGCGCAGUACGCCGGCGCGCUGAACGAGACGUGGUGGGACAGAGACCUGAGCAUUGGAGGGCGCGUCAUUGUGCGGGAUCCCAAGACGGGCAAGACGACGGUGAAGCUUGCCAAGCUCGACUGGCCAAUUGCCCGUAUCCCCACACUGGCGCCGCACUUUGGCAUUGGCAUGACAGGGCACAACAACCGCGAGACGGAAAUGACGCCAAUCAUUGGGCUCGACAACAGCGAUCUCUGCGGUGCGGCAACCACAGAAGCCGAGGCACCCCUCGGCGGCCCGGGCUCUUUUGCGUCCACCCAGCCGCCCAAGCUCGUCAAGCUUAUUGCCAAGCAGCUCGGCAUUGACGACUACAGCACCAUCCUCAACUGGGAACUGGAACUAUUCGACUCGCAGCCGGCUGCUGUCGGCGGCCUCGACAAGGAAUUCAUCUUUGCCGGCCGCAUCGACGACAAGCUCUGCUCGUGGGCCGCCUUCAUGGCCCUGCUCCACGCCAAGCACGACUCGGACGACGGCGUGAUCAAGCUGGUCGCCCUCUUUGACGACGAGGAAAUCGGCUCGCUACUGCGGCAGGGCGCGCGGGGCAAUUUCCUGCCCAUCACCAUCGAGCGCGCCGUCGAGAGCCUCGCAGACAAAUCCAACAAAACCGCCUUCGGCCCGGGCCUCAUGGGCCAGACAUUUGCCAACUCGUUCCUCGUGUCGUCGGACGUGACGCACGCGGCGCACCCGAACUUCCCGCAGACCAACCUCCCCGGGCACUCCCCCCGGCUCAACGUGGGCGUCGCCCUCUGCGUUGACGCGUCGGCGCACAUGACGACCGACAGCGUGUCCAUGGCCAUCCUGGACCGCGUGGCCGAGCUGGCGGGUUGUGUCAACCAGCGCCACAUGAUCCGCAACGACAGCCGCUCCGGAGGCACCGUCGGCCCCAUGCUCAGCAGCGCCAUGGGUGUGAAGGCCGCGGAUGUCGGCAUCCCCCAGCUGAGCAUGCACAGCAUCCGGGCGACGACGGGUAGUUUGGACCCUGGUUUGGGUAUCAAGUUUUAUAAGGGUUUCUUGGACAAUUGGGAGAAGGUGGAUCGUGAGUGGCGGGCGUAAGUGUGAUUUUGGCGUGUAAGGAGCAUGUGAAGAUGGUGGAUCGGUACGAGUGUGUAGUCUAUAUGAUGUCCGGGGGAUGUGUAAUUGGACCCUAGAGAUACAUGUGUUCUUCAUAGUGAUGGUAGAGCUGGAAACCAGUGUAUAUAUCUGUGCACGAAGGCAACGAGUCCAAAGGAACUAGAAGGUAUGGCUAAUCUAAGAAUCGAGCGGACCUUGAAGCUAAAAAAG